AUGAGGACUGUCUUUUAUGCAAUUGGACAUUUGAGCUUCAUAGAUAGAUAUACAUAUACUAACUUCGAAUCAAUCAGCAUGGUUUCCAAUUCGAUCAUGUAUACGCUUCUCCUCACUAUGGGUUUCCUUCUUUUUAUGACUACCAUACAAGCAACACCAAUCCAUAAUGGUAUAUCAUCUAUUGAGAAAGUUUUCGAUGAAGAAUCCGAAGAUUCAAGUUUAUCCAUGGACAAACGCACUUUUAGUAACAGUGAUAUUCCUGAUGGUUACGUUGGCAUCAUGUUAGGCAAACGUGGAACCGACACACGAGCAGUUCGCCUUCCCGCCGAAGCUGUUCUUCUUGGCAAACGACGACUACCAUACGAAGCCGUCCUUUUGGGCAAACGAGAUUUGCCAAACGAAGCUGUUCUUUUAGGAAAACGCCGCAUACCCCAUGAAGCCGUACUUUUAGGUAAACGUGAUUUACCAAACGAAGCGAUUCUUUUAGGUAGACGUGAUUUACCUAACGAAGCUAUCCUUUUGGGAAAACGUGAUUUACCAAACGAAGGUAUUCUUCUUGGCAAAUAA